AUGAAGGCGCUGGAGGCGGAGAGAGAUGCGCGGGAAGCGAGGGUUGCCCGCGCGAGCGAGAGAUGCAGGAAGGCGGAAGAGUCAAUCCAGCAAGCCACGUCAGCAGUGCACAUGGCGCGGCAUGCGCAGUACUCCCUGCGGGCGGCAGAAUGGGCGGCGGCAGUGGGAGUGAGAGAGGGAGUGGCAGCAGCAGAGGAGGGGAGAAGGCGGCUGAACCAGCUAUUGAUGCUGGCAGGAUCAGAAUCAGGGCAUGGGGGCGAUGAAGCCAAGAGUGCUACCCUUGGAGGCGUGCUGAUGCUGGAAGGAUCAGAUGCAGCAGCAGGGACGAGAGGUGGCUUGCUGCAGGGGAAGCAGCAGCAAAAGGCGAUUUGUGGGGCGGAGGAACUAGGGGAGCGAGGAGGGGCGGAGGGACGGGGGGAGCGAGGAGCUGAGGGGGGUGGGAGGUUGGAGGGACGGCCAUUGGAUGCCUUGCAUGAGCUGAAGGCUGUGCAGAUGGCAGCAAACGACCUCUCUACAGCAUCCUUCACUAUGGGAGAUAAUGGUGUAGAUUUGGGUGCCGUGGAGGAGCAUGUGCUGAGCAUCAAUAGGAAAUGGUUAAGUUAUUUAAAACUGCAGCGUGCGCUGUCGAAUAAAAAUGCUGCAGACGAGUAA